AUGGGAGUUAGAGAUACAAUAACAAAUAACAUGAUAGAAACAGAAAAAUUUCAAAUUAAAAAUAACCAUACAGUAGGUAUUUAUAAUUAUGAACCUUAUCAUGAAUUCGGAAAAGAACUUGUUGAAUUCCAAUACGCUUUGUAUGAAGAUUAUUUACCGGAACACACGAAACUACAGUAUAUACAGCAAACAUUGUAUGAUCUAGAAAAUUGGAGAUCACUUUAUGCAUUUGCUAACUUUAUUAAUGGUUCAUUUUACGUCAACUUUACACAAUUCAAUAAAAGUAUUAAAAAAGGAAUUCUUUCUUUGUCGAUGAUGAAGACUACAAAGCCAUGCUCAACAAUUCUAUAUCCAUUCAGAAUGUAUACAUCAAAGGGAAACAGUACUGGCACAAGUAGACUACAUCGAGAUUUUUCUUUCCCAAUUAAUGCUGCAAAAGAUGAAUAUUGUGAUUAUUCUAAUACAGAAAUCUUUAAUUCAGAAGGCUUUAAACAUAAGAUUAUUCCAACAAGAGCAAGAGAUUUCCUCAGAUAUGUCGGUAAUUCAGAUACUUCAGCAUACUUAAAGGCAAUUCUGUGGCCAAUAGUAAUACACGUGGCAAUUGCUAUCACAGUGUACUUUAUGAGAAAAAUGUAUAAACCUAAAACAUCAAGAGAAUCAUCCCCGGACACUCUACAAGUAUAA